AUGGAUCUCGCAGUCACUCUCAUCAAGUCCGUGAUGCGGGCUUUCUACCAAACUCGCGACAUACUUGUCAUCGAUGCGCUUAUCCUCCAUGAGGCGCUGAGAGAUGAUGACCUGGCCUACCUGAUGGCCAUCAAUACAAAGGACCUCCACAAGAUCUGCGGCAAGCUGCGUGAAGAUAGAUUCUUGACUGUGCACACGCGAUCAGAGCUGCGAGAAGGAAACCCGAGACCGAGCAAUCGAACUUGGUACUACAUCAAUUAUCGAAAUACCAUUGACGCGAUCAAAUGGCGCGUCUACACGAUCGACAAGGAGGUGCAGGGCACCACGCAAGUGGCCAGCGAGAAGAAGGAAUACUUUUGCUCAUUCUGCAAAGCGGAGUGGACAGCCAUGGAGGUCUUGGACAACGUUGGUCCGGAUGGUUUCCUGUGCCAUCGCUGCCACCAUACACUCACGUUUGAAGCAGACCGAACUUCGACCGGUCAUGAGCAGUCCACUCGCCUCAACAACCAGUUCAAGUUCAUCAGCGAGCUCCUGCCCAAGAUCGACGCAGUCCACAUCCCCGAAUGUGACUUUGAUCGCGCCUUUGCCAACGCUCGCCCAGUGAAGCGAGAUGCGACACAUCAGCGUGCCCAAACCGUCGCGGCGGACGCCGGCGCAAACCGACCCAUGGCGGUUAAGGGCUUGACAAAUACUGGGCCUCAGUCUAUCGCAGUUAAUAUCUCGACUUCUGAUGGGCCAACAGAUGCUGAAAAGGCGGCGGAGCAAGCGCGCAAAGAAAAGAUUGCCAAACAAAACGCGCUGCCAUCCUGGAUGUCCAACAGUACAGUCACCGGAGAGUCAUUCUCGGCAACUGCUACACCAGGAACUACCACGACUAUCAAGAAGGAGGCCGCUGCAAACUCAUCACUUGCUGCUGCACCUGACACCAAGGCUACCACUCAGAUUGAUGAUAUCUUUGAGAAGCUCAAAGCAGAACAAGCUGCAGAGCGGGCUCGGGAAGAGGACGAAUUCGGAUCUGAGGAAGAAGACGAGGACGAAGAUGAGUUUGAAGACGUGCCACCAACAGGCAAUGUAUCCAGCCGGGACACUCCUGUCACACCAGCAAUCAAGCGGGAAGCGACUGCAGACGGAGACAACUCGGAUGAACGACAAGCGAAGCGAGUCAAGGUCGAACCUGAGCCGGUAGUCAAGAAGGAAGAAGAGGAAGACGAGGACAGUGAAGAAGAGAUUGAGUUCGAGGAUGUAUAA